AUGGCGGAAGCCGAGCAUCGGCAUGUCGAGGUCGACGAUGGGUGCGAAGGUGAUGCCAGUGCUGAAGAGUCAGCUGGGGAGAUGACAUGGCCAAAACCCACUUUUGAUGCCGAGACCACGACGGCGGUUGCUCAAAAAAAUCUCCGUUUAGUCAAAAAGAAGCGAAUGCAUUACAACUCCUUCAGCCAUGCGGGGGUCAACGGUUUGACACUUGCUACGGAGGAUUCGGUCGCUACACCGGCAGUGCAACGCCUCCAAAACAGAUCCAGGGCUCCUUAUAGCAAAAACAGUCGGAAGUCUCGAAAUGGCUUCAGACCAGAAGCGAAAAAGCAAUCUAACAAGGAUGUUUGGAUUCGUGUGAGUGAUGAGCUCGAUGAGUUGGAACUGGACCACGGCGAUCCGGAUUACGAUUCUGAUGAAAAUGUCCCGAUCAUUGUCGAUCAUGUCAAUGCUGUUCUCACCGACGAGGAUUUCGAUGAAUUCUUCUCUUCCCUCGUCCAUGAGUACUACGACCACUGCAAAACGGAGGAAGUCAUUGACGCUUUAAAAGAGCUUACAUUGUCUCCCCUUCAACGUCGCCGUUUACCAUUAAUGGCAAUAAAUCUCGCUCUACAGCACAAAAUGUCGCACUGCGAGCUAACUUCUGAGCUUUUGUCCGAAAUGUGUGGGAAGGUUAUCAGUAUGUCGGCCAUGCAGCAAGGUUUCCAUCUACUUUUGGACGAAUUGGCAGACAUCGUUCUUGAUGUACCGAAAGCACCAGAGUACGUCGGCCGCUUCAUCGCCCGUGGUGUUGCUGACGAUAUCCUUCCGCCCAAAUUCGUCCAGCAGUAUAAAGAACUCCACACCGCCCUUUUGCCACUUUCAGGUGGUGUGGCAGCAAACUCAGCGCCCAGU